GAGAGAGAGAGAGAGAGAGAGAGGGGCAAGAGUUCUUCCAACGGAGGAAGCGUGACGAACGAUGGAACCUUCGUGAGAGAAAGAGAAAAUUUUAACGUUAGACGAAGAAAGACACUAUUCGCCGAUGUGUUGAACGAGCAAAGAGAAAGACGUUCGAGAGAACGACGGAGAGAGAUGACUGUAGAGAACGAGAGGAAAUGCGUUCAAGCCCGAGAGAGAAAGGCAGAAUUCGAAGAGUCGGCAAGUGACGACGAAGAGGGGGUGGCGAGUAUUGGCGAAGGAAGCAGUGUGGGGCGGAACAUGGCGAGGGAGGGAUGAGGGGAGGAGAAUGGUGCCUUGGCGCGAAGCCGAGGUCUCGAAACUACAGAGUAGUGGCGGCGUUCAUACGAUACGGUUCUACGAUAGUAGUGGGCAAGUGUAAAUCCGAAGAGAGAGAGAGAAAGAGAGGGAAGAGAGAGAGAGAGAGAGAGUGAGAGGGAGGGGUAGGCUGAACGGAGGGGUGAACGCAAGGCUGAGGUGGUUGCGUCUCAUUGUGUUCGCGGCUUCAGUUCUGUCGUUUUCGCAGUACCGGAAUACGUGACAUCAAGUGAUCACUUUUGAGACGCCCACGAUCAAUUGUGAAUAGAGACUCCUUGAGUCAGCUACACGAGAAAUAGACAUCGCAAUCGCAAUAAACAAAGUGCAAAGUGAACCGUGUUUGUUACAAUUUUCAAGAUAAAUUUCAUCGGAAGAUUCGAAAGGCGCAAUUUCCUCUGGGAAUUCGAAUUCUUCUUUCGGGAUCGUGCGACCGUCUCGUCGAACGGGGGUGACCUUGCUUCGAAACGAGGAAUGCAGAUACGACAGCCGCUGGCGUGCCGGUCAACAUGUAAAUCAUGAGCGAUACGCGCGUUCGGUUUUAUUUUGUUUUGUUUGUUCCGGAGCCGAUCGACAUCGUUUGAAUCUCGUUAUUGAAAGCAGUGUCCCCGGCACCAAGGUGGGAGUUAGCAAGUGGUACCGUCCCGCUGUCGUCGUCGUCGUCGUCGACACGUCGUUCAGCCGAGGCUGAUGAUGCCGCACGCGGUGAUCGCGAUUUAUCGAGCGACAUUGAGUUGGAUAUUCGCGUUUAGAGUCAGUGCGGUCAUAUGAUAAAUGUAGAACACGCUGUAUCCCCGGUUUCUUUUUGUUUUCUCCUUCUCUCUUUUUAGUUUGACCCUCUCCCUCACCUAUUCCUACCCGUCGCUACUGGCUCAGCUGUCGGCUAAAUCACGAGGCGUGUUGUUUCGUUCCCGCCGAGACUGAAUCUAUAUAUGUAACUCGCACGAUGCCGUUUCGCGCUAUCAUCGUCGUCGUCGUGCCCAUAUAAUAUCUCGUAUAAUUUUACCGUAUCACGAGAUGCAAUUCAGGAGGUGGCAAAGUGAAACAAUCAAAGACAAAAAGAAAGGGAAAAGAGAAUUGCUUUGCUUACGUGCGCGCGUACGAGUGCAUAGAUACUCAUGUAUUUGCAUAUUUCGUCCGGUUUUAUUCUGCUCGCGUUGUGCGCAAGCUACUGUUUAAUCGUGCAUCACGUGUGUAUUAUAAGUAAACGACGAUUGGAGCGCUUGACUUGACGGCCGAGACGGAGGGAGAGGACAAUAUGAGUGAGAUGACGAGUGCCGUUGAGACGCAGCAACAACAGCAACAGUACGUAGGUGGUAGCUCGAAUGCGGAGCAUCAUUGCAAGGAUUGCGGACUUACCUUCGAGAGCGAAAAGAGCUUGGAGGUGCAUCUACGCUACCAUCAGGAAAAUUUGUUAAAUCAGUGGGCUAAUAAGGCACAGCAAGAAGAGAGCAAUAAUAAUCAUAGCAAGACUGGUAAUCAUAAUAGUCACGUGAGCAUCAACCGGGACAACGUACCGGUGGAUUCGAGUGAACCAUCAUCGAUGUCGCCCUCUCGAGAUCCAACAUCUACACAACAAACACAACAUCAGCAGCAGCAACAAUCACAACAACAACCUCAGCAACAGCCUUUACAUACAAUCGUAUGCUCGACAUACGAUCAUUUUCGAACUCCAAUGUUUAGCGAAAGCGGCUACUUCAUGCAGAACGAUCAGACUUACGUUUUGCCCCAUCACUUUUCACCAUCACAGGAAGACCAGAAUAACGGUGGUCGCGACGCUGGUUUUCGCUAUCAUCCAUAUCAACAUCAGCAAUUGUAUCCCUCAGAUCAUACGACUUCUAACUCUACCAGUCCGCAAAGUCCGCCUUUUCAAUGCGAGAAAUGCGGCGCUAUUUAUGAGGACGCAAAUCAAUUAGGCGAGCACGUGAGGACGAAUCAUUUGGACUCGCCUACCGCGUAUCCACCGGCGCCUCAGUAUCAACAACUGGGCAAUAGUCCUCAGCAGCAGAGCCAGCAAUUACAUUCGUCACCGCCUCUCUCGAAUCAACCGCAACAAACCGGCUACGAUUACAACGGUGGACAGCCGAUCAAGUCCGAGAUGAAGCAGGAACAGCCCGAGGAACAAGCUGAGAUCCUUGAUUUGGAUUCUCACAAGGUGCAAACUCACAGGGGUUUCGAUGAGGUGAUAAGGUUGCAGCAGCAGCAGCACCAGCAGCAAGGACUUCAAAUGCAGAUACAUCAUCAACAGGUGAUGCAGCAGCAGCAAUCGCAGAGAAUAGAAUCGCUUCCGGUGAGUCCUAUGUUGAGUUGGCAAACUGUUCAGACUCAUGAUUAUCCUGGACACCCGUCAAUGGGUUCCAUAAACAAUGUUCCACCUAUCACUGAUCAGGAUCAAUACAUGCGCGGUCAACACAUGCCUGUGGAGCACGGACAUCAGGGUUCGUCGAUAAUCACGAGUACGCAACCGAUGUCGGGUCAUCAGAUGUCACCUGGAUUCGUGCAGCAAGCAUCAAAACCGCCGCCGUUAGCGAAUCAAUCCUGGAAAAGUAAUGAACCGCGCCGUCCAAAGACAUACAAUUGCACUGCGUGCAACAAGUGGUUUACAAGUUCAGGACAUCUAAAGAGGCAUUAUAAUACUACUUUGCACAAGAACGCUGUCAAGAAUGGAAAGGAUCCUGAUCCAGCAAAUCUACCAAUCAACGCUCAUCAUCAUCCCACUAGAGAUAAUAGCACUAGUCAUUCGACGAGUGGCAGAGGCAGCGGCGCUCCCGCCCGAUCUCCACCAGAGUUAUCAUCUUCGCGGAGUCCCCCAAACUUGAUGGCAGGUCCCUCGGGCGAGGCGACGGGGGGCCUGCUUCACACGCCCACCACGCUCUGCAACAAUUCCAGCAGCAGCAACAGCAACAGCAAAUCUACCGGUUCUAGUGCAGCAGCAGCAGCAGCAGCAGCAGCAGCCGCCGCCGCCGCCGCAGCAACUGGUCCCUCUGGGAAAAUCAAUUCCCCGGUGUCAUCGCCGCUGGCGGGGCACCAUCAGCAACAAAUGGGUACUGCGCCUCACCAACUGGGCCUCCAGCAACAGCAGCAACAGCUUCAUCUACCAACGGAUUCGUCGGGCCAGCUGGUGCAUCAUUCCACGACUUCGCCCAUGCCCCCGCCGGCGGCAUCGCACAUGAAUUGCCCUUCGCCAAUGGGUUCAUCAUCCCACCCGGUUCAUCACAUGAACUCGCCGCCCGGCUCGGCCCAUCCGGCAAUGACUUCCCCCACAGCGAUGGGGGGUACUACGAUGCCUCAUCAGCCGUACCCAAACGCCUUGCCCCCCCACGUUACAAUUACUACCAGCAUCCCGGCGGUCCCACUGGAAUCUACCCAAGCACCUACCAUGCAACUAGUUACUAUUGGUAAUGAGCAAAAUGAGCGAUCACAACAUCGCUUGUUGCCCGGUUUUAGAACCAUCCACCCGAACCAUGCAUUCACGGAAUACGGGUUCGUAGUAGAUCAAAAUCAGACCGUUAACGUGGGGGGGCUAACUGUUGAGGAGAUUGGUCCUCAAGAGUCCUUUGAAUCUUCAUCGACUUAUGAUCCAUAUUCGCCAACGCGGUACAAGUCGUUGAAUCUAGAUAUGACGACGACGUUGCAAACGAAUGCAGGCGGUAUGAUACAAGAACAAAAUGUAGAAGUAAUGACGCUCUGCUAUGAAUUAAAUCAAAAAAUUGAUAUAGAGACCAACAACAAUCAUUUAUUGCACUUAGGACAGGAGAAGGAGGAUUUGGACCCAAACAUCGGCUUGCAGCGUAAAAAAGGACGUAAAAGUAAAAACAAUACGAAGCAGUGUCAGAUUACUAGCAGCAGUGCUUAUAUCUCGGAAAACGGCGUCUACCAUUGCCUCAAUUGCGAUAAAACUUUUAACAAAUCUUGCUACUUGACACAACAUAAUAAGAGCUUUCACUCGGGCGAUAAACCGUUUAAAUGCGCCCAGUGCGGCAAACGAUUUUCAAGCGAGGAAAGGCAUAAGAAACAUACGGAAAUGCACGAUGUUGCGAGAAAACAUCAAUGUACAACCUGUCCAAAGCUAUUCGCUCACAAAACUGAUCUUAAGCGGCAUCUUUGCGUCCACACUGGUAGACGACCAUUUAAAUGUGACACUUGCGGCAAAGGAUUCAUUAGACACGACCACAUGAAGAAGCAUCAGGAUACGCAUACUAGAAGAUCGCGAAUAAACAACCAACGGCAGGCUCAGCGAUUCAAAGUGAAUGCCCGAGUCAACGGUCAACGGUCCAAUCUUCAACGAUUCAACAUUCAACGGUUUCCAUUCAACGUCAACAUAAAAUUAUAAAGACAUGUCCAUGUUCGAUGCGACUAUCCGACGCGCGACCUCGAGAUCGUCCUAAGAGAUUCAAAACUCGGCGUGUAUACUAAUCGCUAAAUUAUUAACGAUUAAUUUCGCACUUACUGUAGUUUACGAUAAGCUAGUAUAAUCUCAGUAAAAUAGAUAAGAUUCGAUACAUUGAUUUUUCGGGAAUGGCUUUCCCUCAUAUAUAUAUGUUUCCCGCGAGAACAACACUUUUCUAUCUCACUAAUAGUUCCGAUACAUAGCGAUAUAAAUAGUUCAAUAUCUAUUCGAAAAGCUCAACGUUUUCAAGCUAAAAUAAUUUGACAGAAAGAUUGAAUGGAAGUCAUUAACAUUUCUUAGACGCGCCGUAUAAAAAACGAAUUGAUAUGUAUAACACGUUUAUGAUAGGAAUAUAGUAAAAUCGUUGCGAUAUCCGGAGCCGACCCUGAAAUGACAUGACAUCUUUUUUUAUUAUUCUUGUCGCAUUGUCAAUUGAUUCAGUAGAUUGCGAUCUUAAUUCGAUGAUCUGACGACGAUCUUGAAAGAGUAAAUAUUGUCUUUUUAAACUAGUUAUAAAUGAUCGGGAAAUUAAAAUAUAUUGUUUUCUCGAUGCGAUAUUAAGCAUACAAAUUGUACAAAGUAUCAUAAGAUAUGUGUAUAUAUAUAAAUAUAUAUCAUUAUUAUAUUAUAUUAAUUGAUAAUAGCAUAAACAUAAAGAUUUUUUAAUAUGAAAUUACAAUAGGAAGACCAAUAAGCAUUAAAGCGUUCUUAUUUGGCAUUAUACUUUUAGCACUUGUUUGAUUAUUUUUAUACUUUUUUAUGCUUUUGGUAUUAAAGUUACUAUUAAUAAUUAUGCAUUUACGUUCUUUUUUGUAUUCUAUUAGCAUAAGUUUUUUACGCUUAUUAUAAUUUCCUUUUAAUAUUCGUAUUGUACAUAAUUUCAAUAUCAUUAUGCAUAUGUUUCUCUUUCUGUAAAAUAUGAUAUGUAUAUAUUUAUAUAUAUAUACAUAUACACAUUUUAGAAUGCAUGCAACCAUCCAUGUUAUGGAUAGAAAUAAUAAUUUUUUUAGAUAAUAUUAAUGAUUAUAACUACGUUAUAACCAUCAAUAUUAUAAUACGUAUUUGUUAAAACAUACUAUUCAUAUUAAUACAAACCGUAAAGAAUAAAUUUGAUAUAAAAUCACAAUAUCAGCAAUAAAAGAACCUGCAUUUGAUUGAUAGAAAACUAACAUAAAAUUUACAUAAAAACAUAUGCCGAAGAAGCAGAAAUUUACACCUGCUUUUUAAUAUUUUAAAUUCCGUAAUUAAAUAUAUAAAUGAUAUUCUUAUUGUAAAAUAUUGUAAAUAUUAUAUGAAUUUUCUUUUUUGUUGCGUGCUCGGAAAGAAUUUUGCUAAGGUCUAAAAAUUUUGCUGAAUACAAAUCUGAAAAUAAUUUUGUUGCAUCAAAAUCAUUUUGUUGGAAACUCAAAA